AUGGUCGAGCUUGCGGUCAAGUUCGACAACCGACUCUAUGAACGAAAGCUCCAGCGACGAGAGCAACGGCAAGGAGGUAGCAAUGGGAACGCACCUUACCGAUACCGCCGCCACGAGGGCAGGCGAGGACAACAGCGACAACAGCCUAGGGAGUACAGCGACCCCUAUGGACCACGACCAAUGGAGCUCGACGCAGCGAGACUCCCAGCCGAAGAAGAAAAACGACGAAAGGACAACAACUUAUGCUUUGAAUGCGGGAAAGCAGGACAUCGGGCGCGUGAGUGCAAUAACAGGCGCAACAACGCAAAGCCAUGGGCGCGUGAGCGUAACAACGGACGCAACAACGCAAGGCCACAACAGUUACGGGCGACCCAAAGCAACGAGGUCCGGCCCCAGCAGCUACGAGCCACUCAGGAGGAGCAUGCACGAGACAGCCCUGAAGGAAGCCAGGCAGCGUGGACGGGCCUGAGCCAAGAACAGAUUCAGUCAGCCUACGAAGACCGAGCGGAGGCCAUACGGAAGGUCACGAAGGGUAAUACCGCAGACACCUUCGCAGACGAUAUCGAAUACCGCGGCCUGAACAGCGCAGAGCACGCGAUGGAAGAAUUCCCAGAGAUUGAUUGGGAAAACAUCGAGAGUCAAGGAUGGACCCAGUACGGUCCCUGGAAUACCAUCGACUCCCAGGAACUGUCGUGCGCACCCCAGGACGCAGAUGCAACAACCCCAGAGGCCUCAACCAACGCCUCAGGAACACCGGAGACCCUAGAGACUCCACCUGCGAUCCCGGAAACGACGACACCUGAACAGCCUCACCAAGACCCCAAGGAAUUUGACGGACGCCACACAACGAGCAAUGCCCAUGCAAAAACACACGAUGCUCAUGCCAAGGAUAUGCACGACACCCCGAUCAUGGCCGUAGAGCAAUCAUCGGAUGUUACGACUACAACUGCAUGA